UAAUCUGGAGAGGGGGCGUCUGAGAUGCGCGCGUGACCCUGGAGCAGUUCGAAAGGCCCCACUGGACGGGAGGGAUGCCCGGGACCGAGGACGAGACACUGAGGUGAAAGCAGGCUGCCCAGUGAGGAUGCGAGGUGGUCUGGGGGCCCGCCAUGCUGGUGACUGCUUACCUUGCUUUAGUGGGCCUCCUGGCCUCCUGCCUGGGGCUGGAGCUGUCAAGAUGCCGGGCCAAGCCCCCUGGAAGAGCCUGCAGCAAUCCCUCUUUCCUUCGGUUUCAGCUGGACUUCUAUCAAGUGUAUUUCCUGGCCCUGGCUGCUGACUGGCUCCAGGCUCCCUACCUCUAUAAACUCUAUCAACAUUACCACUUUCUAGAGGGUCAGAUUGCCAUCCUCUAUGUCUGUGGUCUUGCCUCCACAGUCCUUUUUGGCCUCGUGGCCUCCUCCCUUGUGGAUUGGCUGGGUCGUAAGAAGUCUUGUGUCCUCUUCUCCCUCACUUACUCCCUGUGCUGCAUAACCAAACUCUCUGAGGACUACUUUGUGCUGCUGGUGGGCCGAGCACUUGGUGGGCUGUCCACAGCCCUGCUCUUCUCAGCCUUCGAAGCCUGGUACAUCCAUGAGCACGUGGAGCGCCAUGACUUCCCUGCCGAGUGGAUCCCAGCUACCUUUGCCCGAGCUGCCUUCUGGAACCAUGUGCUGGCUUUGGUGGCAGGUGUGGCAGCUGAGGCUGUGGCUAGCUGGAUGGGGCUAGGGCCUGUAGCACCCUUUGUGGCUGCCAUCCCUCUCCUGGCUCUGGCUGGGGCCUUGGCCCUUCGCAACUGGGGCGAGAACUACGACAGGCAGCGUGCCUUUUCAAAGACCUGUGCCGGAGGCCUGCGCUGCCUCCUGUCGGACCGCCGCGUGCUGCUGCUGGGCACCAUACAAGCCCUGUUUGAGAGUGUCAUCUUCAUCUUUGUGUUCCUUUGGACACCUGUGCUGGACCCACAUGGGGCUCCACUGGGCAUUGUCUUCUCCAGCUUCAUGGCAGCCAGCCUGCUCGGCUCUUCCCUAUACCGCAUUGCCACCUCCAAGAGGUACCACCUUCAGCCCAUGCACCUGCUCUCCCUUGCUGUCCUCAUCGUUGUCUUCUCUCUCUUCAUGCUGACUUUCUCCACCAGUCCAGGCCAGGAGAAUCCAGUGGAGUCAUUCAUAGCCUUUCUACUCAUUGAAUUGGCCUGUGGGCUGUACUUUCCCAGCAUGAGCUUCCUGCGGAGAAAAGUGAUCCCUGAGACAGAGCAGGCUGGGGUACUCAACUGGUUCCGGGUGCCCCUGCACUUACUGGCCUGCCUAGGACUCCUUGUCCUCCAUGACAGUGAUCGAAAAACGGGCACUCGGAAUAUGUUCAGUAUCUGCUCUGCUGUCAUGGUGAUGGCUCUGCUGGCAGUGGUGGGACUCUUCACCGUGGUGAGGCAUGAUGCUGAGCUGCGGGUGCCCUCACCCACCGGGGAGCCCUAUGCCCCUGAGCUCUAACUAGGACAAGGGGUCUGGGAUGGACUCCUGAAUCCCACCUCUCCAGGACUGUACAGAUCUCUCUGUGACUGAUUUUGGAACUCUGCUACAGCCCCUACUGGCAGUGCUUUGUGUUGGGGGGGGUUCAUGGGGGUGAUGGACUGGAAAGAAGAUACCCAAAGUUGCCUCUGAGUUACUCCUUCCCCCAUUUAAAAAUAAAAACUUUGAACUGA